ACCUGAUGUUUUGCAUGGAUGCGCAUCGAUGCCAGAGAAUACAAAAGUAUGGCAUCGAUGCGCACUCGUGCCUUACCGAUGCCAAUAAAAAAAUUUUUUUGUAGGGGUAUUCUCUUUCAAAUGAUUCAUUAUUUAUUGCCAAGAAAAUAAAUUAUUACUUUAUAACAUUACUUGACAUUUUUCUUUUUUCCGGUUUGACUUUAGAAAUCUAGUCAAAAUGAAUAAAAACAUUUCUCCUAUAGUAAAUUGAUUAUUUGUUACAAAAUUUCAUAAUUCCCAUAUAUAGUAAAUGACAUCUUUACACUCAAUGAUAAAGAAGAAGAAAAAAAUACUUAUCAUGGAUCCUUCCUCUUCAACGUAUUAUCUAUCCAUAUGCAUCCCAUGUAACUUCGAAACGCAGUGAAAACGCGUCGAAACGCGUUUUUGGUCGCAUUUGAACGUGGUUGUCAAAUAAAAUAGGCAAAAAUCGCAUCCAAAUGCGGUUUAUAGAUGCAUCUACACGCUUUUCAACAGAUCAAGCGCGUCUAAACGUAUUUCUGAUUUACAUACGGUUCAUUUUGGUAUUGCACUAGAAUUGCGUUUAAAUGCGUUAAAGGUACGGAUGCAUUCUGCGGCUAGAAUUAAUUAAACACAUCUAAACAUAUUCAAUCGAACUCAACUAUCUCAAAUGCGUUUAGACGCGUUUCAAAAUAUAAAAGGUCUAGUUACUGAGUCGAAUAAUUAAUUAAACUAUUGAGUUUAAAUUUUUUUGAUGUUUUUGUAUGAAAUGUGGAAUAUUUGGCUGUGAAUUUAUCUGUUCUGUAUGAUAACCUAGUGAAUAAUAUUAGUUGGUUAUAAUAUCACUUUUUUCCAUUAUGUUUCAUAACAUUAUAAAUCGUGUUUUCACACGAUAGAGUAGUCUAAAAAAUAUCUAAGUAAUAAUUAUCUCGAUAAUAUUUUCUUUGUAAAAAGAACAGAAUUGUUUUCAUGAUAUCAGUUUUCAUCUUCCAUGUUAAAACAAGUUCGUGCUUUUUCGAAAUUGUAAUUAUUUAUAGAAAGGAAUCUUUUUGUAUAAAUAAAUGACGAUCUGCUAGAUGAUCCGAUAGUACGAAAAUGGUGAAAUUGGUUGAGAAUACGACAAAUUAAAUUAAAGUUAAAUAAGACAAAAAGAAAAUAUUCUUUAAUAAAAAAAAAAAAGAAAUAGAAAAAACUUAUAAAUUUGUCUAAUGAGAUAUAAACUGAGAAUCACAUUGAAUUAUGGUUAUUUUUUUUUAUCAAGGAAUUGUUCUCAUUCAUACAUUUAACUUUUUCUUCCAAAAAAUAAAAAGUUUAUUUUUAUUUUAUAAGAAUCGAGCUAUUAUUUAUACUUAUUUUUAAUAAUUUCUUUAUCUUUAUUGUUUCUAGAGUAUAAUAUAAACAUUAAUUAACAAUCGAUAGUUAAAAAGUAUUUUUGUUCUUUAUGUUUUAUGCGUUUUCUUGUAUUUCAUUUAAGUGAUACAGCGUUGCCUUAUCAAAAGAUAUAUAUAUAUAUAUGAUCGAUUGAUAAGCCAAUGUAAUUCAUUGGUUAUGGUACGUAAAUUUAUAAUCAAACGUCUUCUGUUCUAGCCUCGUUCAUUGCACAAUUUUAAAAGUUCAUCUAAAAAAAUAUAAAACUUAUUCUGUUCGAUUGCUUCGUGCAAGAGAUGAUCAUCAUGUGAACUUGAUCAUGAUGCAGCUCGAAUCUGCGCGAACAAAAGAAUUUUUUUGCCAAAAAUGGAAUUCAAACGCGUUUAGACGCAUUUAGUUUUUGAGCGCGUUUAGAAGCAAAAAAUUUUUCACAUGGGAUGUACUUAUAUUUCGUCAUAAAAUAUAUAUGUAAUUUUAAAAUUUUGUUUUCUUCUAAGUUUUCUUAUAUUAAAAGAUAUUUUAUUGAAAAUAACAAUAAAACUCAUCAGUUGAUAUAUUUAAAAUUAAAAUAUUUAAUUAUUUUUUACAAUAAGUUUUUUGAUGAGAGAAAAACAAAAGUAAUUCAAUCGAAAUUAUUCUAUCGACUACGUAGGUCUUUAUUAUUGAAUAUUUUUUUCUUUCUUUUAUAUAAUUUACAAUAAAACACACAGCUUCUCUCUGUCUAUAAGAUUAUUUUCAGAUAAAAUUUCUUUUUCAAAAAGCCAAACAAAUUUUUAAAAUUAACGUUUUCUUUUAAAUCAAAUUAGUAAUUCGACCAUUUUCUAGAAAAUAGAAAAUGUACUAUGGUCUAUUCCGACUUAAAUCGUCUAUUCAUUCGUUAAUUCAGUUUUAAAUCAUCUUGUUAUUUUUUUUUCUAUCUGUUUGAGCCCUACUGUAGUUUAAAAAGAAUAAAUUCUUUUAUUAAUCUUUUGCUGCAGCUGUCGCAAAGAAAAUUAUUCUUUAUUUCUUUUUCUAUAAAUUUUUCAAAUACUUAUGCAGUCAAUGUUGAUUUUCCACUUAUUAUCUAGAAAAUCAAACAUUUUCGAGAUACUCAAAAAUCAUAAAGAUUGAUUUUUUGAAAAAUAGAAUUUAAACAAAAAAAUUUACAGUGUACCUCCUUGAAUAAAAUAUUUCUUAACUUCAAAACAAAAAAAAACUUAGAUUUUCAUCUCCUACUCAUAAUAUUUUUCUUUCUAUUUUAAGGACCACCACCACUACGAGCACCUGCAAUUGAUAUUCAUCCAAAUGCUCGAUGGCAACAGAAUGGUAUCACUGUUGCUGGAGGAAAUGGACUAGGCAAUGAUAUCAAUCGACUCUCUUCCCCAAACGGUUUGUAUGUUGAUGAUGAUCAAAGAAUUUAUGUCGCUGAUCAAAAUAAUAACCGCAUUGUGGAAUGGAAAUCGGGUGCGACGAGUGGCAAAGUGGUUGCAGGUGGAAAUGGAUACGGAAAUGGAGCUCAUCAGUUGCAUUACCCAUCAGAUGUAAUUGUCGACAAAAAGACAGAUAGUCUCAUCAUCUGCGAUUAUUCGAAUAAAAGAGUAGUUCGAUGGCCUCGUCGAAAUGAGACAAGUGGAGAAACAAUCAUCUCCAACAUCAAUUGUUGGGGUUUGACAAUGGACGAGAAUGGAUCUCUCUAUGUCGUUGACGUUGGAAAAAAUGAAGUGAGACGAUAUCGAAGAGGAGAAUCUCAAGGAAUAGUGGUUGCAGGUGGCAAUGGAAGUGGAAAUCGUCUCGAUCAACUCUCUGCCCCAACAUGCGUAUUCGUGGAUCGAGAUCAUUCAGUGUACGUGUCUGAGGUGCGAAAUAAUCGUGUGAUGAAAUGGGUGGAAGGUGCAAAGCAAGGCAUUGUCGUGGCUGGUGGUCAAGGAGAAGGAAAUGGUCUUACACAAUUGCAGUGGCCUCGAGGAGUCGUUGUCGAUCAAUUGGGCACUGUCUAUGUGGCUGAUUGGCAGAAUCAACGAAUCAUGCGUUGGCUCAAAGGAGCGACACAGGGAAGUGUGAUUAUUGAUGGAAAUGGUAAAGGAGAACAAUCGAAUGACGAUUGGCCCCAAGGUUUGUCAUUCGAUCGACAAGGUAAUCUCUAUGUCGUCCAUUGGGGAAAUGAUCGAGUACAAAAAUUUAAUAUUAUUCAAUAG